CAAAGACUGGUCCUCUGAAUCAAAGACGACCAGCUCUGGCAGGGAGGAUGGGAGGAGACGAGCCCAGACCCCUGGCUCCCCAACUUCAGUCUGUAUUGGCUGGGGGGACCUGACCCAAGGGCUGGAAGCAGAAAGCACAGGAGACCUGGAAGCCUGGGAUGCUAGCCUGGGCCUGGGUCCUGCAAAAGGUUUGGGGAUCAAGGCUCUUAGCCAGUGGGCCUGGCCCGAGGCUGCCCCAGGGAGCGAGGCAUGUGAGGUCUGCUGAGGGCAUGGCAAGUAGAACCCUGGCCCUGUGUGAGGUGAGGCUUGGUUGCCUGGUGACUGUCCCGGGCCAGCCACCUGCUGUCAAAAGGACUCUGUUUGCUGUGCUCUCCCCUCAGCUGCACUCACCCUGGUACCUCUCCUCUUGCCACCAUGUCGCGGCGACUCAACAUAGAUUCUGUGCAGCAGAACUUCUGGAAGGAGGAACUUACGAGGGAGCAGAAGUUGCGGUGUGAAUGGCACCUCAAGUAUGGGUCGAUGGUGAAGGCCAAGCAGAAGGCUAUGGCUGCAAACCGUCUACCCCUCAAACUGCCCACCCUGUAUCCCCAAACCCCACCCUCACUCCCACCUGCCCCCAAAGCAGUCCCUUCCAGAGUCCCCUCCCCUGCCCUGGAGGCUCCUCAGCAGGCAGAAAUGUACCCAGUACUGCCUGCCACUCGGGCCCUGCUGUAUGAAGGCAUCUCCCACGACUCCCAGGGGCGUUGGUGCUAUCUCAACACCCGAAAACUGGACGUGCCAGAGAAGCGCUACCUCUUCCCCAUCACCACCAACUUCACAUAUGGCUGGCAGCUGGGCCCCACACCGAAGCAAGAAAUGGCCUCCACCAAGAUGUGCCGCGUUGACUCGUUCUUCCGCAAGAACGGGGCCUUCUCAUCCCUUGACCCCCGGGACCUGGUCCUCUGACCGGGCCAGGCAGUGUGCUUGGGGCUGGAGGAAGUCACGCGCCACCUGGUGGUGUGUGAGUCUGGCUCUCCCGGGCUCUGAGGCUGCGUUCUGGGCCUUUCUGAAACUACCUCUGAUCUGCAGGUUGCCCUCUUGUUUUUCCUUCUCCUCCACCUCUUUCAUCGUCCCUUUGAAGGCUCAGCAGUGGUUAGAGGGGGUGAGCGCUACCCUCCGGGCGCAGGCUCCUCAGCGCCAGGGGGGCAGAGUAGCUGCUGGAAGUUCUGUGUUCCUGGGGGGAGAGUGGCCUGUUACCCCAGAUGCCCGGGAAAGGGGACCGCCACCACCCCACCCACAAGCCUCUCCCUGCCCCCCUCACCUGGCUCCGAGGGCCCGCUGCACCUGUUCCAGCUGCACCCGCAGGGCACGCCGCUGCCCGCCUUGUCCUGUGUGGUGCCAAGCGCUAAGCGCCCUGUAUCCCAGCCCACGGCUCGAUGGAGCCAGCAGGGCGCAGCACCAGGUCAGACCCGCUGUCAUUACCCUGCCCCCAUCGCCAUCCCCCAGCUGUGUGGGUGGCAGCUCCAGGGCACUUCGAAGGGACCCAGGUGGGCCCCCACCCCCCUAUCCCUGUCUUCUCCCGGGGAUCUUGCCUGUGGUGGGAGCUGAGCUGGACGGGGUGGAGGCCCCAGAGGGGUGCACCCGGCAGUGGCGGUUCCCGGCGAUGAGGACCUGGAGGGAGAGCCGUCACCGGCGGUGGCCGCCUUCCGUGCCCAGCCCAUCAGCGGGCCCUCCCGCGCAGGAUGUACCCAGAGCCGCUGCUGCUCGCGGUCCUGCUGCAGCCAGUGCCUGGCCGCUCUGUGCCGCGCCAGCAGCCGCUGCAGGGCCGUCUCCUGCUGCGUCUCCUGCUGCGCCGCGCUCACGCCCGCCCAAGCCUUUUCCCUGCCCUGCGGUCUGGGACACGCGGCCUUCGAGGCCUUGGGGGCCGGAGCAGCGCUCCUCCGCCCCUCGAGGGUGCCCGGGUACCUCGCCUCGCCCACUGGUUUCUCUGCUGGGCAGGGUCCCCCUGCCGGAUCCUGCAGCCCAGGGUACCCCGGGAGGGCUGUGGGGCGCUCCUGCUGCUCAGAGCCCGCGGAGCUCCGCGCUCCUGGGCCCGGGCGAAGGGGAGCCAGCGCCCCCUGCCGGCCGGCCCCCUGCUGCCCCAGGGCCACCGCGGAUUCUAGUCUCUGGCUGUGGGUCUUGUCCUGCGUCAGCUUGGUGCUCCUUCCCCGGGGCCUGGGCGCU